AUGGUCUGGCCUAUGAUCUGUAGGUUAGGCUGUGAUCCUGGGCGUCUUCCACUUAGGCAAGUUGGCAAUCCCACGGACCCACCUAUGGUUGAGGUAUGUAAGACGUCAAACCCUAGCUCUGCGGAUGUGACUGCCUUGAAAACUGCUAUUACUGGUUUCCUACAUGAUGUGGAUGAGUUGAAGUCCACCAAUAUCUUGAUGUUGUGGGGUAAUGUAUAUGUUCCCGAUGACCCCAGUGCAGAUAUGUCAGCUAUUUCUGAGAUCCCUCCAGCUAUUGUGACCAGACAUGCAGUUACAGUUGAUGAUGAUAGAGAGUCCGACACACUUGAGACAGAUGAGGAACAGUUAGAGGCUCGUGAUGAAGUAGUGUUCGAGGAUAUAAAGGACCUGUAG